UUAACGUUGAAAUUUACAUAUUUGUGUUCAUAUUAAGUUCAACGCCUUUAUUCACCAUCGAAAAUAUGCCUAAAGCUCCUAAAACUAAAAAGGUAAAGACAACUGAAACUAAGCCUACAAGAAGAUCGAGUCGCAUCGCAGCGAAAAAAGCAACCGACCAAAAGGUACAAGGGUUAUAUAAGGGAACUGCAGCGAGAACAAAAUCUUCGGCUAAAG